UCGCACGCGGUCUGUCAAUACGUCCUCAAAACCCGCUGUGUGUUGAGAAUAUAACAAGUUAUAUGUAAUGUAUAAUACAUAACUACCAGCAUGCUGCCCUAUUACAGGAGUGGUCAGUCGGAAGCCCCUAGUACUUCAACAGGUACAAUGGCAGGCGGAAGCACGUGCUGGCGCGUGAUACAUAUACAACGACGGCAACGACAAUUCUGCACAACCGCUUAACGAUCGUUUGGCAUACUUGUGUUUUACCAAGCUCAAAUUAAUUGGGUUAAGGAUCGAUGAAUGAUUGACAGGCAGCUGUGGAAAUGCUCGGGUACAACUCGACGCCGGAUUGGCGUACUAGCGUGCAUGCUACGGGUAUUUAAGACUCGCUUUCAUUAAAAUUUUCAACGUUGGUAAUAGAAGAGAAAGAAUAUAAGUGUGUUUAUAUACACCAGGAGGAUGCUACUUUAGAAUAACUCUACCUUGGUUAGUUGUUCGUGGAUUCCAAUAGUUGAACAUAUUAUACAGUGAGGUUAAUUACAAAAACUGAUGUUCCAAAUAGGAAGCAUACAAAAGUGCACGCAGCCUGGACCUUUCUGUUCGAUGAUGAGACAACCCCGGCCCUUUGUAGACGCUGUGAUCGUCAGGAAGAGAGCAGAUAAGUGAUUCGAUGGAUAGAGACUGUGGAAUAGAGAGAGUCCUACACAAUGUGAAUACCGGCCAACGAAACGUAACGUUUUACUAAAAGAUAAUUGUUGAAAUAACGAUUUCCCUUAUAUAAGGUGACGUCUCACGCGCUAACAUAAGAGCGUUGAUGUACAUACAAAUAAUGAUCCAGGAUUCGCUUCAUACAAAUAGUGAUAUUGUGUGCGCUCUGAUAUAAACAGCGAUUCUAUACUGUAUCCGUUCACACAAAUAGGCAUUUACUUGUGCGCUACGUCAGUUGUAGUGAAUUUAGACGUGCUUAUUGAAAUUGACAAAGGAGAAAAAAUGAAUUACAGUUCAAAUAUAACAAUGAUUGAGGGCACUGAUGUUAUGACGACUGGAAUCUGGAAUGUGACUAAUAGUUCGGUCGGUGUGACGACUGACCUCUACUUGGAGUCAAACUGUCCCAACAUGGACGCUACCAACUCGUCGGCCAAGAGCGCACUUGAGGAGUUCAGUGUUCACUACGCCCGGGUGCACGGCUACAUCAGCGUAUGUGUUUGUCUUUUCGGAAUGUUGGCUAAUACGGCAAAUAUUGUCGUACUUACACGCAAGAAAAUGAUAACAUCUACCAAUUACAUCCUAACGUGGCUGGCCGUGGCGGACCUGUUUACAAUGCUGGAUUACUUUCCAUUCGCUAUUCAUUUCUAUAUCUUGAAGGAUCCCAUGCUUCCGUUCCCCAUGACGAAAGGUUACGGAUGGGUAUGCUUUCUAAUGUUCCACGCGAGUUUCAGCAUCGUGUGCCACACGAUUGCAAUAUGGUUAACUAUAGAACUAGCCAUAUUUCGUUUUAUAUUCAUUUGGUUUCCUACAAAAGGAGCUUUGUACUGCAAUCAGCAGAAAGCUAAGCGAGCUGUGUUGGGCGUGAUCCUGUAUACAAUCAUCAUAUGUAUACCUAAUUAUAUAUCUAACGAAAUCACAACGUACGAUUGUCAGGAAAACCGCGAGCCAAUAUAUUCGCUGGAAGUGAGGAGACAUGGAGUUUUUGCGGUGAUAAAUUCGGUGAAUUACUGGACCCAAGCUCUGCUGAUCAAACUCGUCCCGUGCAUCAUGCUAACUUUGCUUACUCUGCUCCUAAUCACCGCCAUGCAUCGCGCGUACAAACGGCGAGCGGCUCUCAAGCAUCAGGGGAAGAAAGAUGAUACGGAUAAACACAAUGAACACAACCGAACCACGCUAAUGCUUCUCGCUGUCGUCGUCCUUUUUCUCAUUACUGAGUUACCGCAAGGUAUUCUUACAAUACUGAGCAGUUCUAUCGAGGGAUUCUUUGAAUCUGUCUAUAUGCCGCUGGGGGAUCUUGUCGAUAUUGUGGCUCUUUGCAAUAAUGCUAUCAAUUUCGUCCUAUACUGUGGAAUGAGUACUCAAUUUCGAAAGACGUUUUUUGAAAUUUUCUGUAGCUGUAUUCCGGAGAGGCGGCCAGGGUGGCGAAAACUUGGUGUGGUGACAGCCGAGAAAAAUGGGUGCACACCAACAACGACCAACACUUCACUGUCAACGACUACGACCAAACUGUGACGCGUGCUCACGUGCACAUUAGGGAAACUUUCACAAGGAAUGCAUAUAUUUCUAAAUAUACUUUAUAUGCUACGACACAUUUCGAUAUUGCCAUUUCACAUUGGUUAGGUAAGAUUUGUUAAUUGCAAUGCACCAUGUUUUAAGAUUUGUAUGCUAACUCAUCGUAGAAUUUUUUGUGUGACGCGUUUAACUGUAUACUGAUUAGCUACAUAUAGGAAUACUGUCAACGUAGAAUGAUUUUAUCAAUUUGUGUUCAUUUCAGAACAAUAUCUGUCUGGUGUGUGUUACCGUCCGAAUUUUACUGAUAAAUCCAUUGUUCUCACGUCCAUAUUAUUGUGUGUUUAAAGGUGUCCAUAUUUUUUUUUAAAUCGCCUCAGAUUUAACAUUUAUUUUAUCAUGAAAUUUAAAUUCAACCUAUUUCAGCACAAUUACCAAUAGAAAUACAAUACAAUGUUAAUUUUAACACAUCUUUAUCAUCCUAAAUAUGAUACAAUGUAGCUAGACGUAUCGUUACUGUCCCAAAAUAAUACAAUGUAAAUCUAGACACAUUUGGCAGCGUAAGUCAAGAAAUUCUAUUACAAUCAUGAAAUGCAUGUGCGUUUCUUGUUUUUAUCAUUAUAUGCAAAUAAAGUACAGGUACGAUAACCAUUGGUACACCUAGCUCUACGGUGAACAUUCUCUACAUUCAAAAUUCUGUCGUAAAAUAUCAACUUUUCCGACAAGGAACGCCGUCAGAUUUAUGGCAUUACGGUCUUAGACAGGUGAUAGCUCUGUAAUCGUAAGGUGUUCAAGCGGUAGAUUGGAGCAAAAUUACUACACACCUGUUACUCGUUAAUGGAUGGGGAAGGACUCCGAAAUCAACAAACUUAUUGCGCGUGAAAUCAAUAUCGUUCUGUGCGAAAGCAAUAAAAUUAUUCAAAAUGAUAUUGUGUUCUCGCACCAUAUUAUUGCAUUCACACUGGAAGUGUUGUGUUCGGCAAUGUUUUUAGAUUUGGGCUUAGUUACAAUGAUUUAUUUUUUCAACUUGUUUUUUCCAACUUGAACAAAAUUAUUAUAAUUGUAAUUGAUAAAGCAGUCUACUUGUCUUUAUGAAGAUGUUCAGAACUAUAGAAACUACUAAAGGUGUUCAGAACUAUAGAAACUACUAAAGGUGGUCAGAACAAUAGAAACUACUAAAGGUGGUCAGAACAAUAGAAACUACUAAAGAUGUUCAGAACUAUAGAAACUACUAAAGAUGUUCAAAACCAUAGAAACUACUAAAGAUGUUCAGAACUAUAGAAACUACUAAAGAUGUUCAGAACUAAAGAAACUACUAAAGGUGUUCAGAACCAUAGAAACUACUAAAGGUGUUCAGAACUAUAGAAACUACUAAAGGUGUUCAGAACCAUAGAAACUACUAAAGGUGUUCAGAACUAUAGAAACUACUAAAGGUGUUCAGAACUAUAGAAACUACUAAAGGUGGUCAGAACUAUAGAAACUACUAAAGGUGUUCAGAACCAUAGAAACUACUAAAGGUGUUCAGAACUAUAGAAACUACUAAAGAUGUUCAGAACUAUAGAAACUACUAAAGAUGUUCAGAACUAAAGAAACUACUAAAGGUGGUCAGAACCAUAGAAACUACUAAAGAUGUUCAGAACUGAAGAAACUACUAAAGGUGUUCAAAACCAUAGAAACUACUAAAGGUGUUCAGAACCAUAGAAACUACUAAAGAUGUUCAGAACUAAAGAAACUACUAAAGGUGUUCAGAACCAUAGAAACUACUAAAGGUGGUCAGAAUAAUAGAAACUACUAAAGGUGUUCAGAACCAUAGAAACUACUAAAGGUGGUCAGAACAAUAGAAACUACUAAAGAUGGUCAGAACUAUAGAAACUACUAUAGGUGUUCAGAACUAAAGAAACUACUAAAGGUGUUCAGAACUAUAGAAACGACUAAAGGUGUUCAGAACCAUAGAAACUACUAAAGGUGGUCAGAACUAUAGAAACUACUAAAGGUGGCCAGAACUAUAGAAACUACUAAAGGUGGCCAGAACUAUAGAAACUACUAAAGGUGGUCAGAACUAUAGAAACUACUAAAGGUGGUCAGAACCAUAGAAACUACUAAAGGUGGUCAGAACUUUAGAAACUACUAAAGGUGUUCAGAACCAUAGACACUACUAAAGGUGGCCAGAAUAAUAGAAACUACUAAAGGUGGCCAGAACUAUAGAAACUACUAAAGGUGGUCAGAACUAUAGAAACUACUAAAGGUGGUCAGAACUACAGAAACUACUAAAGGUGGCCAGAAUAAUAGAAACUAGAGUCUAUAAAGGUGGUCAGAACCAUAGAAACUACGGUCUAUAAAGGUGGUCAGAACUAUAGAAACUACAGUCUAUAAAGGUGGUCAGAACCAUAGAAACUACGGUCUAUAAAGGUGGUCAGAACUAUAGAAACUACGGUCUAUAAAGGUGGUCAGAACCAUAGAAACUAUAGUCUAUAAUGGUGGUCAGAACUAUAGAAACUACGGUCUAUAAAGGUGGUCAGAACCAUAGAAACUACUAAAGGUGUUCAGAACUAUAGAAACUACGGUCUAUAAAGUUGGUCAGAACCAUAGAAACUAUAGUCUAUACAGGUGGUCAGAACCAUAGAAACUAUAGUCUAUAAAGGUGGUCAGAACUAUAGAAACUAUAGUCUAUAAAGGUGGUCAGAACUAUAGAAACUACGGUCUAUAAAGGUGGUCAGAACUAUAGAAACUACUAAAGGUGGUCAGAACCAUAGAAACUACUAAAGGUGGUCAGAAUAAUAGAAACUAUCGUCUAUAAAGGUGGUCAGAACUAUAGAAACUAGAGUUUAUAAAGGUGUUCAGAACCAUAGAAACUAUAGUCUAUAAAGGUGGUCAGAACUAUAGAAACUACAGUUUAUAAAGGUGGUCAGAACUAUAGAAACUACAGUCUAUACAGGUGGUCAGAACUAGAGAAACUACAGUCUAUACAGGUGGUCAGAACUAGAGAAACUACAGUCUAUACAGGUGGUCAGAACUAUAAAAACGAAACUACUGCUGACAAUAAAAUGCACUCUGACAUACAUAUGUACGGUUAGAUUACAGCAAUAAUGUCAUUUGAUUUUCAUCAGCUAAGUUAAUUUUCUGUAUUAACUGCAUUUACUAAUUGUUACUGACAAUUAUUCCUGUACAUGAUUAAAAUGUCUAUCAAACUGUA